GAUGCUGCAGGCAAGGUUCUGGACAGAUGGACUAUAAUGUCUCGGGAAGAGGAGAUCAUCACUCUUCAACAGUUUCUGCGCUUUGGUGAAACCAAGUCUAUUGUGGAAUUGAUGGCCAUCCAGGAAAAGGAGGGUCAGGCAGUCACAGUGCCCUCAUCAAAGACUGACUCUGGAAUCAGAACUUUUAUUGAAAGCAACAAUCGCACACACAGUCCUGGCCUUCUGUCGCACCUAGAAAACAACAGCCCCUCUAGCAUUCACCAUUUUGAGAACAUCCCAAACAGUCUGGCCUUCUUGCUGCCCUUCCAGUACAUCAACCCAGUGUCAGCCCCCAUGUUAGGGCUGCCACCAAAUGGACUGACCAUUGAGCAAUCAGGUCUCAGAAUGCGAGAGCCAAAUCUGCCCAAUCAGAGUGAGCCAGUGGAGACCAGUGAAUCUGAAGUGUCCCUCUCACCAUUUCGUAAUGGUCAGAGCCCCAGUCGAGGAACAAUGGGGACCUUACCUAACGCCAUUGAACCUAAGAUAGAACCCAACAGAGCUUCACCCAUCUCUCCAACACCAUCUUCACACCAGUCCCAGCAACCACAAACACCAACACAGCAACCACAGGGGCAGCAACAACAGCAAUCAAGCACUCUGAACAACCACCAGAUCCAUCACCACUUUGAAAAGAAUGAACAAUUGAAAACCAUUACACACUCUUCUUUCUCUUCCAAAAUGCAUCGCAUGCGUCGUAUGGGUGCAACCUCACGUAAGGGUCGUGUAUGCUGUAAUUCCUGUGGCAAGACUUUCUAUGAUAAGGGUACUCUAAAGAUCCACUACAAUGCUGUGCAUCUGAAGAUUAAGCACCGAUGUACUAUCGAAGGCUGCAAUAUGGUCUUUAGUUCAUUGAGAAGUCGUAACCGGCAUAGCGCUAAUCCCAAUCCUCGUCUACAUAUGCCCAUGCUAAGGAACAACCGGGACAAGGACCUCAUUCGCUCCAGUUCUGGGACAGCAACACCUGUCAUAUCAAGUGCCAAAAGUGGCUUCAAUCUAACUAGCCCUGGGCGACCACCACUAAGCUUUGCCACCCCUCCUCUUGACCCCAUGAUACAGUCACCCCUGCAGAGCCCUCUUGUUUUCCCUUCCCUGAAGUCUGUGCAGCCAGUGCAACCUGUGCCACCUUUUUAUCGCACACUGCUCUCUCCCACUGACCUAGUUAGUCCCCCAGUCUCUUUGCCCACCAGUCCAAUUUUGCCUACCACAACCAACAGCACAUCUCUGACAGACCAGCAACAGAUGUUAACUGCUAGCUCCCACAACAUGCAUGUAUCAGAAACAUCAAUGUUUUCUCAUCGCCUACUCACAACUCCCAGUACCCAAGAUUCUGUAACUGUCGACCCUAUGCCUAAAAAGAAGCCUCGGAAAUCUAGCAUGCCAGUAAAGAUAGAGAAAGAAAUAAUAGAUGUGGCAGAUGAUUAUGAUGACAAAGAUGAUGAUGAUGAUGAAGAUAAUAGUUGUCAUCAUCACCACCAUCAGCCAUCCAACAUCCAUAACAAUGUCAAUGGCAACUGCAACAACAACAAUAACAGCAGCAGCAGCAGUCAUCACUGUGGGGGUAGUGGACAUCAGUCUCCAUCACACGAUGAAAUGAGUCCCAGUCUAGCCCUUAGAGGCAUGCUCCAUCCUGACCAAGAAGAGUGCAGUGGGAGUCAUGGCAGUAGAGGCCAUGGCGACCUGCGCUGUAUUGACAGCUUUACCUCUGAGGACCAAGAUCAUGAGCGUGAUUUUGAAAAUGAGUCAGAGACAUCUGAAUCCAAGAUGCUCUACCGUGAUGAGCUGAUGGACACUGACGUACAUCAGCCUGCCCUAGACAGAAACCUGGGCAAGGAACAUCAGGGGGCAGAAGAUGAGGGACACCUACGGAAAGAUUUGGAGGAACAAAACCAUUCCCCACCCUCCCAACACCAGCCUGUUAUCAAAAUCAAAGAGGAGAUCAAUGAUCCUACUUAUGACAUGUUCUGCAUGGGUCAAUAUAGCCUUUGCAAUGGGGGUAUGGCAGUUGCCGCUGCCGCUGCUGCCAGCAUGGCUGCCUUACAUGAAAGUUUCAUCUCCUCUAUGAGCUAUGGAUCAAGCCCACCAAAAUUCUCUUCUCAGUCCCCUGACGGUGAUCUCUGUUCUAGUCCUGAUCCCAAGAUUUGCUACGUCUGCAAAAAGAGCUUUAAAAGUUCAUACAGUGUCAAACUGCACUACAAGAAUGUGCACCUAAAAGAGAUGCAUGUGUGUACUGUGGCUGGAUGCAACGCUGCAUUCCCCUCCCGACGGAGCAGAGAUAGACAUAGCUCCAACAUCAACCUGCACCGCAAACUACUGACCAAAGAGCUGGAUGAUAUUGUCCUGGAUCCCCAGCUUACAACCAUGCCUAAAGAGCUGCGUGCCGAGUUCCUUUCAACGAUCUAUGCUGACCACCAUCUGGGACUGGAGGGGGUAGAGAAUGCUGGACCACCACGAGACAGAGGACAUGAGGGAAUGAGAUCCCCAGUCGCUAAAGAAUAUUCACGCAGCAACGGCUAUUGCCAUGGCCCCAGUGAUGACUACAUGGUGCUGGACCUGAGCACCACCUCCAGUGUACAAUCAAGUGGCAGUGUGCAGUCCUCACAGGAGUCUGAUGAGGGCAGUGAUGAGGGCAUCCUGCUGGAUGACCUGGAGGGUGCUAGUGACAAUGAAGACUACACCCCUAGUACUGUGGCAAAGAAACUGGCAAGGGAGGGAAAGAGUACAGAGGACACCAGGAAGGAAGGAAGAGAAGGAGCCACAGAGGAGGGGCCUCUGCACUGUGACCCUUCAUUCUCACCAUCCGUCUUAGCAUCCAGUGGAGGUAAUGGCACAGGAGGCAUCCUGUGCACCAUCUGCCACAAACUGUACAGUAAUAAAGGGACCCUUCGAGUGCACUACAAGACUGUCCAUUUGCGUGAAAUGCACAAAUGCAAAAUGCCUGGCUGUAACAUGAUGUUUUCUUCCGUGAGAAGCAGAAACAGACAUAGCCAGAACCCCAACCUACACAAAAAUGCCCCCUAUACCACAAUGAUUGACUAGACCUGACAUCCCUCUGCACCACAUUGCCUCAAGUUACAAAUACUCCACACAAUAACACCCUCUCCAUUCCUCAGUAUCAUAAUGCUAUAAAAACAGCAUUAUUUCUCCACAAACGUCUUUUCAAGUAUGAACAAUUAGAGCAGAAUUGUGCCCUUUUGACAUUUCCGUUUUUGGAAGCAAAAUACAUCAUAGAUCUCUCCAUCCCUCACACAAACUUUUCCUCAGUCUUUAAUUUAUGACUCUUGCCUGCAGAAAUGAUAGAGGGGAAAAAAAACACAUUUGUGUAAUUAUAUAUUUUAAAGAAUCCCAUACAAGAGCAUGUUAAGACUGGUUUAAACAUGUAAAUAUUAAUGUUGUGAGGGGCUAUUUGGUGUGAAACAGUUGUAUUGAUGGUUGAUAUUUUCUCUUUUUUGUUCUUUUUUUAAUUUUAUUUUAGUCUAAUACUUUCAUUUUAAAAAAGUUAAGCAAGACAAAGUAGCAUCUGCCAAGCUUGAUUCAUCUAUAUUGGCUUUAAGAAUGUUUUACAUUAGAAAAGAAAAAGUAAAAACAUGUGACUUGUGACUUGUUUUAUCUACAUGUUAGAUAUACAGAUGGAGCUGGCAUGCUUUUAGCUCUGACACAGUACCUUUUUCUUUUAUUUUCUCAUGUUUAUAGCUUUGGUACAAAAAAAAACCGUUUUGCACUUUGCAGCUAUACUAGUGGGACUUGUAACAUUAUUACAAAGAUAACACUUUACAAUGAUGGUUGUCCAAAUUGAAAGUGACAUUUUUAAGGAUACAGUGCCAAGCGGUAAUUACUGUUCCUUUAAAAGACAUGUGCCAGUUCUUGAUAUGAGA